AUGAAAGACCUUCAAAUGGGAGAAGACAAUGUCAUCGAACGAGUCCUCGGUCUGUUCUGGAGACCGGAAUCUGACGUCUUCACUUUCUCCCUCAACUUCGUCAAAGCCAGAGAGGAGAUUCUGACCGGCAAGAAAAUUCCCACCAAGCGUGAGAUGCUCUCACUCGUCAUGUCCAUUUACGACCCGUUCGGAUUCCUCGCCAUCCUGACCAUCAAAGCCAAAAUCCUACUUCAGCAGGCAUGGCGUAGUGGGAUAGGGUGGGAUGAUGAGAUUCCCCGAUCAAUGUUCGAGUCAUGGAAGAAUUGGCUACAGGAGGUGCAGAAGAUUCCGGAAUUUCGGCUUCCUCGCUGCUACUCCCCCAUUUUCACAUCCGCGGAGGAGAUCCAGCUUCAUAUUUUUGUCGAUGCCAGCGAAGAGGCAUUCGGCGCCGUGGGAUACUUCCGGGUCCGGAAAGAAGAGGACCUUGAAGUUGUCCUCGUCAUGGAAAAAGCAAAGGUGGCCCCACUGAAAAGCCUGUCCAUCCCACGAAUGGAACUCCAAGCAGCCUUGAUGGGAGUGAGACUCGCCAACACGCUCACUCAACAACACGAUGUGAAAAUUGACCAAACGAUUUUCUGGUCCGACAACACUACGGUUCUCGGGUGGAUAAAGUCGGACGGGCGAAAAUACGUUCAGUUUGUCGCCAACCGAGUGGGAGAGAUUCAAGAGCUCUCCACUCCCGAACAGUGGAGGUGGGUCCCCACACUUGAGAACGUCGCGGACGAGUUGACCCGCCUGGAAUCCCCUUGCGACUUUCAACCAUCCAGUCGCUGGUUGAAUGGGCCCCCCUUUCUACACAGAGAAGAAAACCACUGGCCUGUCCCGACCUGCAACAAUAUUAAACUCUGCCCAGAUGAGGAGAUGAAGAAUUGUGUGCUUCAUCUCCAAGAAGUCGCCCCCCUAAUCGACAUCAGUCGUUUCUCACUGUGGAGAAGACUGGUCAAUACCACGGCGUAUGUUUUGCGUGUGGUUGAUAUCGCGAAGAAGGAGCAAUCCCCUCGCCGCAGCAACGAGAUUUGUCCCGACGAGCUGCUCCGUGCCCAGCAAUGGUGGUGGAAAACGAGCCAGCAACAAAGUUUCCGAGAUGAAUGGGAGUGCCUAUCUGCAGAUCUGCCCCUUCCCAAGAAGAGCAGAUUGUCCAAAUUCUGCCCGUACUUUGACAACGACCAAGUAAUGCGUGUCAGAGGAAGGAUUGACAACGCAUCACAAGUUGACCAAGCCGGGAGGAGGCCAGUUUUGUUGGAUGCCAGACACCCUUACACCCGUCUCCUCAUUGACCACUAUCACCGACAGUGUGGUCACCAUGGUACAGAACGAGUCCUGAACGAGAUUCGCCAACAGGAUUGCAUUGUCCAUCUCCGUUCGGCCGUCAAGAAAGCUCAGCAGACCUGCCAAAUCUGCCGCAACUUUAAAGCGAAACCAACCCCACCCGAGAUGGGACAACUGCCAGAAGCCCGACUCGACAGUCACGUCAUCCCCUUCCACCGUACCGGCCUGGAUUACUUCGGUCCCAUCGAGGUAAUCGUGAAGAGAAGCCGCGAGAAGAGAUACGGUGCUCUCUUCACCUGCCUGGUCACUCGUGCCGUGCAUCUUGAGAUCGCCACCAGCCUGAAUACCGACGCGUGCAUUAUGGCAAUCCGGAGAUUUGUGGGAAGACGAGGAUGCCCCGCCCACAUCUACUCCGACAACGGUACCAACUUUCGCGGCGCCGACCACGAGUUGAAGACGGCCCUGCAAGAAUUACACCAACAACAAACUGAGAGCGAAUGUUCCGUGCGUGGAAUCACUUGGCAUUGGAAUUCCCCUUCUGCACCACAUUUUGGCGGAAGCUGGGAACGUCUCGUCCGCUCCGUAAAGACCGCACUGGGAAAGGUCCUCCUGCAAAAGAAUCUGAAGGAUGAGUCCCUGUACACCUUUCUCGUGGAAGCUGAACACUCGGUCAACAGCCACCCCCUCACUCAUGUCUCCGUUGACCCCAACGACCCGGAAGCCUUGACCCCCAAUCACAUUCUCAUCGGACGGUCCAGCAACUUGCAACCGCUGGGAAGCUUCAGUCCCGCUGAUCUCACAAGCCACAAGCAGUGGAGAGCUACUCAAGAGCUGGCAAAUCAAUUUUGGAAGAGGUGGGUGCGAGAGUACCUCCCCACUCUCCUCCGCCGGGAAAAAUGGAACCGCCAUGCCGCACCCAUCCAAGAAGGGGACGUCGUCGUGGAAAUGAAUGAAUCCCUCGACCGAAAUCUAUGGCCACUGGGGAUGGUGGUGAAGGUUUUCCCCGGAAAGGAUGGAAUUGUCCGCGUCGCGGAUAUUCGCGAAUCCCACGGCAAGGUGUAUCGACGCCCCGUCGCGAAACUCUGCAUCCUCGACGUGCGGGACAAGACCGCCCCCCAACUCGACUCCCCGGAGGAAGGCGACGCUCGCCUUGAGGAGGAGCAUGUCGUCGAGAAAUGA